GUGGCUCACAAGGUGAGCACUUUCGGCUGCCGGAAGAACCUGAUUUUAAGAUUCUCGUUCUCUUCCCAGCAAACCAAAAAUACAAUUAAUUUAUUUAUUUAUUAAUUUAAAAAAAAACUUUAUUAGAAAGAUUUUAUAAUUCCUAAGAGCUUCUAUUCCCCAGUAUUAUCCCUCGAAGCCCUCGAGAAUUUUAGGAAAACUCUCUUCUCGAUUCAAACUCUCUUAUUUAUUUAUUAGUACAAUUAAAGCUUCUAUUCCUUUAUUUUUCUUUUUUGUUUUGUUGUUGGAAUCGGAGGUCAGCUUAUAUUCUCAGAAAUCGUUUUUUGAGAAAGAGAAAAAAAAAAAAAAGAUAAAAAAAAAAGCGAAGCGUGUGAGAGAGAGAGAGAGAGAGAGGGAUUGAGAGAGAAAAUGCUGUGUCGAAUGGUUAUGGUGCCGAGGAAGAAGAAGACUGGGAAGGUUCCGGUUUACCUUAAUGUUUACGAUCUCACUCCCAUCAAUGGCUACGCUUACUGGCUCGGCCUUGGGGUUUAUCAUUCUGGUGUUCAAGUCCAUGGCGUUGAAUACGCUUUUGGAGCCCAUGACCAUUCUACGACUGGAAUUUUCGAGGUGGAACCCAAGCUUUGUCCUGGUUUCACGUUCAGAAAAUCCAUUCUGAUUGGUAGGACAGAUCUGGGACCCAAAGAAGUUCGUUCGUUGAUGGAAAAAUUAGCAGAAGACUAUUCUGGGAAUACUUAUCAUCUCAUCACCAAGAACUGCAACCAUUUCUGCAACGACGUGUCUCUCAAGUUGACGGGGAAGCCCAUCCCUCGUUGGGUUAACCGGCUUGCUCGACUUGGCCUUUUCUGCAAUUGUGUUCUUCCGGCUGGAUUGAACGAGACAAGGGUUCGGCAAGUAAGAUCGGAUGGGGUUUGUGAGGGACAGAAGAAGAAACUAAAAAGCCAUUCAAGUAGGUUUCCUUCAUCUAGUCGUCCUCCUCCUUCGUUGUCAACAUCAUCGUCUUCUACUGGUUCAUCAUCCAGAAGCAGUAGACCAAAACGUUGUACCGCUCCAUCUUCGUCUUUGAUUCAUUCUUCUUCAAACUCAACUUUGUCUUUAAAGCUCUGAUUGCGUAAUGGGUGGUUUUCAACUUUCUAGGAAUCUAGAAAUUUAUAUAAGCAAAAGUUGGAGGGAAGAUGAGAAUAUUAUAUUCCUGCCCCAUUUUGUUUUCUGGUUCUGCUUAUCUUUGUCACUCAUAGUUGUGGAACAGCUGCUUCAAACUGAUGCAGCGCUUUCUCUCUCUGUAAAAUGCUUCAUUUCUCUGGCGUAUGAGGGACAUUACAUUUUGUAGUCAAUCUGUGUUCUCAAUGUGUUUGGUUCUGCUUGAAGAGAAAGAUCGGGUAGUGAUGAAUUGUCAUUGUAUAUAUGUCUGUACAUUAUAAUACAUGCGCACAUACACUUCCAAAAGUCUUCUAUAUGUGAAUGUUGGAGAGACGUCCAAAUUUAUUAUUAUAA